AUGUUAAUUAUUGAUUUUUGUAUUAUUUUUCUUUCUUUUUUUCUUUCUUUUAAAUUUCAUUCGGCUCACUUACCUUUCUUCUCUCCUCUCUUUCUUUCUUUUUCUUCCUUUCUUUCAUUCUUUUUGCUUGCUUUUCUCUUCUUUCUUUCUUUUUCUUUUUUCUUUUUCUUCUUUGCUUAUUUUCUUGCUUGCUCGCUUUUCUCUCCCUCCAUUUCUUUCUUUCUUUUUUUCUUUUUUCUUUUUUUUUUUUUUUCUCUUCUUUCUAUUUUUUCUUUUCUUCUUUUUUUUUUUCUUGCUUGCUUUCCUUUCUCUCCUCCAUUUUUUCUUAUUUUUCUUUCUUUCCUUUUCUUUUUUUCUUUCUUUUUGCUUGCUUUUCUCUUCUUUUCUAUCUUUUUUUCUUUUUCUUUUUUGCUUAUUUUCUUUUUGCUCGCUUUUCUCGCCCUCCAUUUCUUUCUUUUUUUUCUUUUUUUCUUUUUUUUUGCUUGCUUUUCUCUUCUUUCUAUCUUUUCUUUUUUCUUUUUCUUUGCUUAUUUUCUUGCUUGCUCGCUUUUCUCUCCCUCCAUUUCUUUCUUUCUUUCUUUCUUUCUUUCUUUCUUUCUUUCUUUUUUGCUUGCUUUUCUCUUCUUUCUAUCUUUUUCUUUUUCUUCUUUGCUUAUUUUCUUGCUUGCUCGCUUUUCUCUCCCUCCAUUUCUUUCUUUCUUUUCCUUCAUGCCUUCUUUCUUUCCUACUUCUGUUCUCUUUUUUUUUAAUCAAUCCCUCCCUUUCUCCUUUUCUUUCAAUCAUUCUUUUCUUUUUUUUUUAUAUUAUUUUCCUUUCAUUCUCUCUUACUUUACUUUCUUCCUUUUAUUUCUUCCUUGCCUUUUUUUCUUUCUUUCUUCAUUCUUUCUUUUCACUUAUUUCUUCUCUCUCACUUUCUUUCCUUCUAUUUCUUCCUUCUAUUUGUUCGUUUCCUUCUUUCUGUCUUUGUUUGUUUGCAUUUUUACAAUUCAUUCUGCACUCAUAUCUUCUUUAAUUUCUCGUUCUUUUUCGUUCGUUCUUUCUUUCUGUUUAUUUUUUCACGCUGCUUCUCAUCUAUCUUUCUUUUCUUUUUUUAUUCUACUCUUAACUUCAUUUUUUCCUUUUCUUUUUCUGUUCUUUCCAUUUCAUUUGCGUUUCUUAUCUUACUUUCUACCUUUUAUCUAUUUUUCCUUUGUUUUUUUUCUUUUUUCUCCUUCCUUUCUUUUUUCUAUUCAUUCUACUCGAUUACCUUCCUUAUAUUCAAGCUUCAUUCUUUUCUUUUUUUGUUUUCUUUUUCUUUCUAUUUAUUUCAGUCUCCCUCCUCUCUGUCCUCCAUUUGUAUGUUUUUCUUUCUUUCUUUUCAUGUUUUCAUUUAUUUUUCGUUUUUAUUUCUCUGACUUCUUGCUUUCUUUUUCUCCUUUAUUUUUAUUUAUUUAUUUCCUUAAUUUUAUCUCUCUUUUUCUCUCUCUCUCUCUCUCUCUCUCUCUCUCUCUCUGUUCACUCUUUGACUAUUUCUUCUUGUAA